UGAAAAUCAUGGCAUUUCUAAAACGAAAAGGCAUGAAAUCGCCUCGAUGAUGCACCAAGAUAUUCUGCCCUUUCGUUUUGAAACCAACCAAAUAUUUUCAUCAAAUUCUAGAAUUUUAUAUGAAUACUUCUAAAUAGACGACUGUCAAACCUGAAGUUGAUAGCAGCACUUCCAAUAGUAGCAACGUUGAAAGCACGACUUCGAAAUCAAUUGAAACAUCGACAACGAAUUUACCAUCCACAACAAACUCUAGCACAACACAAUCAAAUGAAGUUGACACAACGACAACUAGCAAACCACUCAUAACGAAGGCGACAAUGAAAACAGAGUCAACUACAGUUGCAUAUUCUUCGAGCGUAAAUAAUAAUAAAAAUAUGACAACUACAAAAAAGCCAAUUUUAACAACCGCGAAGACCACUGUCAAAUCGAAAAUUACUACCACAACUGUAAAAAGUACAACGAAAAAAUCAAAAACAACGAAAAAGCCAAACACAACGACUACAACGAAAAAAAGCAUAGCAACAAUAACUCCACAAAGUCAUUCAUCAUCAACUGCCAAGCCGACACAGAAUCAACAGAAAACAUCAUCUAAAGCUACGACUAAAGUUAUGAGUACAACAAAAAAGCCAGAAAAGCUUCAAACAACUAAAACAAAGACCAUUUCAACAAGUACCAAAAAAACAACAGAAAAGCCUCAAACAACUCCAAAAACCAUUUCAACAAGUACCAAGAAACCGGAAAUGACAACUCAAACAAAGAAACCUGUACAACAAACGACAAAAAUGUCUAGUUCAACAACAACUACAACAUCUACAACAAGGUCGCCAUUAAAAAUGCCACCAAAAAUACAGAAGACUACAAUACAAAAAGUUAUGGAAUACAAGAACAAAACUCAAAUCAAAGGCUCAUCGGAUGGCAUGAUAACCGGCAGCCAAAAUGCUAAAGGUGAACCAAUUUUCGGUCGAGAUUUUAUUCAAAUAUUCAAAUUACUCCUGGGAUACAUACAUGCCGUGGUGGUGAUCGCUUUUACACUAAUAUAAAUAUA